AUGCCUAUCCUCCACGUCGACAACGACAACGCCGAACAUCUACAGCCGCUUCGACCACCCGACAUCAUGGCCCAGCACCAAGCCAGCCCACUCCCAAGACUUUCCGAACCGCUCGUCCUCAGUGGAUCCCGAAACCAUGACGAGAAAGAAGGAGCCUCUCUACGCCCCCCUAGGGAUAGCCGACAUGAGAUCGAUGCGGGACAUGAAAUCCAACAAACCUCAUCGUCGUCUAUUAAAGGACCUCAUUCAUCUGAGGAGGGACUCGCCAAAAUUACCGGCAACUCCACACCGAAGAUACCGGACUACCCGGUAAUUUCAGUGCGACCACCCCUGCGCCCGACUGUUUCGUUUGGAGGCGUCUCCAAGAUGUCGACGUAUUCGAGUUCGGAUUCUGGAGCUUCGGUGUUUCAGAAGAAGGAAGCUAUCGUUUCGGUCGAGGCCUUGGAAGAAGACGUGCAACCGGCAGUGAGAGGGAGUCGGAGGGAUGCCUGGAGCUUCUAUGCUUGCUUUGCUUGUCUCUGUCUGCUUAAUUUCAUGUGCGAUGUAUCUACCACUGCAAUGGCAAUGGUGUUGCCGGUAAGUCGUAAUACAUCCAUUGGUAUGGGAGCAUGAGCUGACUCCGGAGCAGAUUAUAUCUCAAGACCUACGCCUCACGGCUGUACAGACUCUAUGGGUGCCGGGAUCACUGCUCCUGUCGGCCGCCCUCACACAACCGCUUUUCACGCAGCUCUCAUUUGCUCUCGGCUGCAAAGCAACCCUUUUCUUCGGAUUGCUCCUAUUCACGAUCGGCAAUGUCGUCUGCGGCACAUCCCACGGUGCUACUUCUAUCUUGCUUGGUCGAUCACUCGAAGGUGUUGGCGCUGGGGCAAUCACCGUCCUCACGAAGCUGACACUCAGCCAAAUCAGCUCUUCAUCGGGAAGCAAGCCUCGGACGAUGUUCGAAAGGUCUACUUCGCAAGUCUUCUGGCUUGGGAUUGCCCUGGGGCCCAUCGUUGGGGUAUGCCUCACUGAGACUUUCAGCUGGAGGAGUAUUUGCUGGAUGCAGAUCCAUUAUAGCAUGAUUGCUCUGGUUGGAUUGGCGGUCUUCCUACGGCUGCCUUACAUUCCUUCUGCCUCUGUAUGGUCGACGCUGGCGAAGACCGAUUACAUUGGAUGGCUGCUAUUGUCCGCGUCUAUCGCUUCGAUGGCCGUUUCCAUCUCCUGGGCUGGCACAGUUUACAGCUGGAAAUCAUAUCAGAGCAUUCUUCCGCUCGUCGUUGGUAUUGCCGGGCUCGCUCUCUGGUGUGCCUACAGCCGCUCUUGGCGCGUCCAGAACGCUCUCCUGCCGAUCAGUAUCUUCAAGAAUGGCAGCGCAGCAAUGGCUGCUUUUGGAGCACUGGUUCAGGGUGCAGUCCUCAUGACUUUCGUCUACUUCCUUCCGCUGUUCUUUCAGACGACAUGGUCACGGCCCUCACAUUUCUCACUGGCGCCAUGGACUUUCCCGCUUGUGGUCUUCAGCCUCCUCGCUGCAGCAACCACCUUGUACACCGGCUACAGGAGUCUCGUCUGGACGGGCUGGGCACUCCUCGCCCUCUCAUCUGGACUCACCAUCCUCUUCGGCGUCUCUACGCCCAUGGCCUUCUCCAUCCCCGUCGGCCUCUUGGCAGGCACCGGUCUCGGCGUCCUCCUGCCAACCCUCAACACCGCCCUCUCAACCGCGGCUUCCAACCACGAAGAAUACACCCACGCCACACCACUCCACACCUUCUCCACCACCCUCGGCGGCGCUCUCGGCCUCCUCCUCUCCGGCACCCUCUUCCUCAACACCCUGCACCUCCCGCAAGACUUGCAACCCCGGGACAUCUUCCUCCUCAUCCGAGACCUCCACGCCAUGCCAUCCUAUCAAUCCCCCCUCCAGACGGACCUCACCAUCGCCAUCGUCUCUUCUCUCAACGAACUCUGGAUCGCCGCCUGCGUCGUCGCGGGUGGCGUCUUGUUGCUCAGCUUCUGGUUCUUGGAAGAUCACAUGCCUCGUCGUCGUCGCCCGAGCAUGCCGGAGUUGGAGUGA